GUGAAGAGGUGUUUCCAGAAUUGUGAGAGGAAGCGAGGAUCACGGUCACURAUGAUGUUCUCGGGGAGGCCGUGAUGGCGAGCAACAUGGUCGAAGAAGAGUGUGGUGACGUCUUUGGCACUGUGCGAGGUCGUGCAAGGGAUGAAGUGGGCACGUUUGGUCAAGCGGCAGACAAUGACGUAGAUGCAAUCAUGCCCACGGUCGGUCUUGGGGAGGCCGCACACGAAGUCCAUGGAGAUGGACUGCCACCGGAUGGAGGAGAUGAUGGUGUUGUCAGUGCGGAUGGUGAAGUAUUGCCCGUCGAGGUACGGGCGCCAGACUGURAGGGCGUGAAUCACGGCGAGGAGUUCCUUCUCAUUGGAGGGGUAAUUCAUCUCCGCGGGAAGGAGCUUCUUGCUUGCGAAGGCGAUAGGGUAUUCGGCAGGUGGAGCCUCGGGGUGAGUGGGCGAGUCCUUGAUGGAGGGGGUCUCGGCGGUGUCGCGGGGGAAAUGUUGGGACAGUACGGCUCCGAUGGCGAAGUCGGAGGCGUCAGUGGUGACAUAGAAAUGGCGAGUGGGGUCGGCGAUCUUGAGGACAGGGGCCGUGGUGAUGGUUUGCUUGAUGAUGGAGGUGGUGUCUUCGGGGGURAUGUGGUGGAAAAAGCGGGUGCGGGAGGUGCCGGGGGGGGCCUGGUGGUGGGGGUGGAGGAGUCGAUCGUGGUGGAGCAUGCGAGAGAGGAGGUCAGCAAGAGGCAUGUCGGGUUCGUGGGCGAGGGCAGUAGCAAGGUCUUUGUGGCAUACUCGUUUGAUGCGGGAGAUGAACGCACAGUCGGGAAUGACGGUGUGGGGGAGGUGGUGUCGGAGGGAGCGGACGUAUUGGACGAAGCGGUCCGUGGGACCGGUCUAGCGGAGGUGGCAGAAUUGUUCAAGGUAGUCGUCAAUGGUUUUCUGGGGGCRGAAGGUGGCAGUGAGGAGGGUGGCCCAUUGGAGGAAGGUGGGGCGUGGUCCUCCGGAGGCUCGGCGGUURCUGGCUUCAGCCAUCCACCAUUUGGCUGGAUUGCCGAGGAGGCGGGAGGUGGCAAUGGAGAGUCAGUGGGCAAGGGGCAUGUGGUGGAGUUGAAAAGAGUUCUGAAGCUGGGUUAGGAAGAGGAAAACGUCCUCGUGGGGGAGGCCGGAGAAGGACAUGAUUUCGC